GUGACAUUUGACAUUUUAAAUUUGAAUUUCCAGCUGCUAAAAAAACCCAUUCCAAAUUCCAACCAACAACUAACAAAAAUAGUAAAUUUUGGGGCUCAUGAUUUUGAUACAUUAAAAUUAUGAAACCCAAAGUAAGUACCGGCUAUUUGACUCCCCAGGGCAAGAAACCGAAACUUGCAAGCAAAAGACACAAUAUGUCAGUGCGAGAAGAAGAAAAUGAGACCCCAGAAAUCAACUCCCAGCUGGUCCAGGCCCUGCUGCAAAACCCUGAAAAGAAAAAAAUGAUUUUGCAGCUUUUAGCUUUAAACAAGGACGUUAUUGAGAAACACAGCAGUGGAAGCUCUUUGCCAAGUUCAGUUGAUAAGCUAAAAAGUAGAAAGGUUUGUGAAAGCCCUACAGCUUUGAUGAGACGCAGGGCUUUGGAGAAAAUGAACAGUCCAAAUGCAUCAAACAAUAACCUAUUAUCAAGACCCCAUUCAAGUAGCAGCUCCAGUACAUCCUCAGCAACAACCUUAGACAAAGUUCUAGAAGGGGUAAAAGCCUAUGUUGAAAUCAAAGACAGGCACAAUCAAGACAAAUCCCAGGGAGCGAAAGAAAUCCUUAAAUCAAUGGGGGCCACUGUGGUGGACAAACUCAGCAGUGAAGUCACUCACGUAGUAUUCAAAGACGGUUCUUAUAAAACCUUCCAGAUGGCCAAACUGUUAAAGGUGCACAUAGUUUCGAUUUUGUGGGUGGAAUUCAGCAGGAAGACAUUGCAGAGGGCCCAGGAGAAACGGUUUCCUGCUAUCGGCAACGAGUUUGAGGAUGAAACUAUAGUUUGUUCAGUUUUCACUCAAAUAGUCAAGAAACUGGGCAGAUUCGUUGUAGAAGACGAAGUCAGUGAAAAAACGACUCACCUUGUAGCAGGGGAAGCCAAAAGAACUCUAAACAUGCUCAGAGCGAUCGCCAGAGGCUGUUGGGUGCUCAAACACGAAUGGGUACUUCGUUCUUUGGAAGCUGGCAAGUGGCUACCAGAAGAAAACUUCGAGCUAGACGAUUUUUCUCCUGCAGUAAGGCACUGCCGUUUAGAGCGUCAAGCCUUUGGCGAAAACUACGCAAUGGAUGUUUUUGAAUCUUGUCCGCCGAUUUAUGUGAGUUUAGAGACCACGCCUCGGUGUUCCGACUUGCGAGAGUUGAUACGCACAUGCAAAGGCAAAGUUGUUACUAAUCCAAGGAUGGCUAUGAUAAUUGUGGGGCAAUACAUUGACGGGGAACAUGUUUGUGUUACUGAGAAGUGGGUGCUGGAUUGUGUUAACUUUUACGAAAAAAUGGAUUUGGAUGAUUAUUUGAUUGAAGCUGAUAAUAGGAAGAGAAAAAGCUUUGCAGUUUAAUUGAGUUGACUUAGAGAAUUCACAAAUUGCAUUUAUAUACCAUUUUAAGGAGUGUUUAUUAAUUUAUCUGUUUAAUCAUUUGUGUAAAUUCUAUUAUCUAUUUAUUAUUUAUAAUUAAUUUAGUUUUGGAAUAAAAAAUUAUUUUUCCUGUUA